GCCGUUUUGACUGCCGGGUUGUUCCUCUCUUUGAUUUUUUGGUCUCACUCUCACAGUUCCCGGGCGCCCAGCAGCCGACCAUCCUCUAAGACUCACAGCAGGCAGCACCGACUACCUCCCUCUCUUUCCUCUCCGGUUCUCCCUCCUACCACUUUUUCUUCUUCUUCAUCGAUUUCUUCUUCUUCUAUUUUUUUUCUUCGGUUCUUCUUUCUUCUUCUCUUGCCCUGGAGACUUUUUUUUUUUGCUGUUGUAGUUGCUUGAGAUUUUUAUUCUUCUUCGAGUUUUCAAUCUGCUGUUGUUGCUGGAGGCUUUUUAUUUUUGGUUCCUUCUCAUGUAGCUGAGAUAUAUGCAUUUUGUUGUUGGAUUUUGAUAUGAUUUGCAGGCAGGUUUAAUUUUUGGCGUGAUUUGUAGUUUUCGCAGAUAGAUUGUGAGAAAUUGUUUUUGCAACGUGUAUUGCAAUUUGUAAAUUGAAAUUUUGGUGUAAUUUGUGGUUUCUUUUAAUAAAUUGAUUAAUUAAUUGAAAUUUCUUGCAUCUGGAUUAUAUUUCGUUCUAGCUUGUUUAGUUCUUUUAUCUUCUGAUUCAAUCUGGAAUUUGUUUCUGUUCCUUCGUUUGCAAAAGUUGAUGAUUGGGUUCUAUUUUUUUUGUUUGAUUGAUAUCUUAUGAGCGUUCUAUUCUUGAUUCUGGAAGCUGUUUGAUUGCUGAAUCGGAACUGAUGAAUCCAACUGAACCGAUUUUUUCUUGUUCGGUUAGGUUCUUAAAUUCAAUUUGAUUCCUUUUUCAUAUAAUGAAUUUUUAUUUUGAUUUCAGGUUGGUUUGAAACUGAACCAACCCACCCAUUGCACACGCAAGCUGUCUUCACAAGACUUAAAUUUCGGCUUCAAGUUCAUUGAAAACUCAGUUUAUCUUUAUGGGUUUUAUUUACUUUCAUGCAUUGUCCUUCCAAAUUUGCAUUAGCUAUAUAGCCUAUGUUACAUGUAUAUUUGUUUACGCAAGCUUGUUAAUUGUAAUCUACACUUGCGGAUGCAUGCUUGUUUGUAUGGAUGGAUGUAUGUGUAAAGGCGUGUAGUUGGAGACCGUGUUGUUAAGUUGAAAAUUAUUUUGCUUAUAGUUUAAUUGCAGUAGAUAUGAAAUAUUUACCCUGCAGAAUGCAUAUUGAACAUGUGGUCCUAGUGAGGAGUCAAACCAAGUUUGAGAACUCCUAUAUGUAGUUGAUUCUUAAUCGAUGAAUUGCAAAGAGGCUUGAUUUCCUUGGUUUUUCCCCAAAUUUUCAGAAUAGUGUAUUGAAAGCACUUUCUUGUGCGUAAGGGCCAGCUGAUAGUUUUUUAUCCUUAGCCACUAUGUUCAGUUACAUGGACCUUAUCUUUUUUCUUGUUAAAUUUCUUUACUUCUCAUUUUCAAAAUUUUAAAUUUCAAGCAUUGCAAUUGCAUGAAGUGCCCUUCUUUAAUUGGCUUCUAAUUCUGUGCCCUUUUAUCCUUAAAUUGGAAUGUCUUUACCAAGCAUAUCAUGUACAUUGGAAUGUCUUUACCAAGCAUAUGAUGUACACUUUGUCAUUUUUCAGUUGAUUGAUUUAUGGUCUUGAACCUUAUCUUUGCAGGUAAACAGUAAAGAGUAAGUUUGUGAUUCUGACAGUGUAAUUUUUUUUUUAUCGUAUUUCUCCAUGAAGUUUACAUGCUUGAAUAAAGGGAAUGGUUUUCAUUUGCCCCCAUGUUAUGUUCUCCAUGUGAGUGGGUUUAGGAUAUUGCUUGAUUGCCCACUGGACCUUUCAGCUCUCACAGUCUUUUCUCCUGUUCCUGCUGAUUUUUGUCCCUCGCUGCUUGAUGAAUCUUCUAAUUGUUCAUUCCAUGAAUCUUUGAAUAUGGAAUCAAAGAGUGCAAAGAGGCAUAAAAUUGAAAAGCCCCUUGAUGCAAAAGAUUUAAUAUAUGCAGAGCCAUGGUACAAAACUCUAAAGAACUUGCACAUUUGGGAUCCUUCUUUUAUUGAUAUUGUAUUGAUUUCAAGUACAAUGGGCAUGCUUGGGCUACCAUUUCUUACUCGAAGUAAGGGCUUUUCUGCCAAGAUAUAUGCAACUGAAGCAACUGCAAGAAUCGGUCAACUUAUGAUGGAGGAUCUUGUCUCGAUGCAUAUGGAAUUCCGGCAUUUUUAUGGUUCUGAGGAGUCUGAUUCUCCUCAAUGGAUGAAGUGGGAAGAGCUUGAAUUACUUCCAUCUUUUCUCAGGGAAAUGGCCAUAGGUCAAGAUGGAUCAGAGCUGGGUGGAUGGAUGCCACUGUACAGUUCAGUGGAUGUGAAGGAUUGCUUGCAGAAGGUUCAAAAGCUGAAGUAUGCUGAAGCAGCCUGCCAUAAUGGGGCAUUGGUUAUAAAGGCAUUGAGCUCAGGCUUAGACAUAGGCUCUUGUAAUUGGACUGUUGAAAGCCCAGAAGGAAAUAUUUCAUGUUUGUCAAGCUCUAUAUUUGUGUCUGCUUGUGCGAUGGAGUUUGACUAUCGUGCUUUGCAAGGGGCUGAUCUGAUCUUGUAUUUGGACUUCUCAUCUGAGGAUGUGAUAGAAGAUGUUGAACAUCAUGAUAACUAUUCUUCUCCAACUACUAACAAUUUGUCAACACUCAGUGAUGAAGAUAAUUGGAAAGAAUUGAAUGAAUGCUUAUUGAGAAAUGAUGAGAGCAUAGAGGAAAGCAAGAAACUAGCUUUUAUAUGCUCAUGUGUUGUGGAUUCUGUUAAGGCUGGUGGUUCUGUCCUUAUUCCCCUGAGUCGACUUGGAAUUGUUCUGCAGUUGCUGGAGCAGAUACCAAUUUCCCUUGAAUCUUCAGCUGUAAAGGUUCCAAUAUAUGUUAUCUCUUCUGUAGCGGCAGAGCUACUGGCGUUCACCAAUAUUAUACCAGAAUGGCUUUCCAAACUCCGGCAAGAGAAGCUGUUUUCUGGUGAGCCAUUGUAUUCGCACAUCGAGCUCAUGAAAGGAAAGAAGCUAUAUGUGUUUCCUGCUAUUCAUUCACCCAAUCUGAUAGCCAAUUGGCAGGAACCAUGCAUUAUUUUUGCUCCUCACUGGAGUCUGCGGCUUGGUCCUAUUGUUCAUUUGCUUCGUCGUUGGUGUGGGGAUCGAAACUCUUUACUUGUUUUAGAGGAUGGAUUGGAUGCUGAUAUGGCUCUCUUGCCUUUCAAGCCAAUAGCAAUGAAGGUUCUACAUUGUUCAUUUCUUUCUGGAAUACGGAUGACGAAAGCUCAACCUUUGCUGAAGAUAUUGCAGCCAAAGAUAGUUAUGUUUCCAGAGGUUUUGAAGCAGCAGAUCAAUGUUUCAAAGUUGAAUUCACAUUCAUUUUCAGUCUUGUACUACAAUGAAAAUGAAACACUAGAUAUACAAAGCUUUAAAGACAAUGUGGAUCUAGAAAUUUCGACAAACUUGGCUAAUCGAUUCUGUUGGAGAAAGCUGGUACAGAAUAAUAUGGAUGUCACAAGACUGGAAGGACAGCUACUCAUAGAUGAGAGCAAACAUUGGUUGGUUUCUGGGAACAAAGUGUCAGACACCUCACAGAAUAGACCACUACUGUAUUGGGGUUUGCUUGAUAUGGGGAAGCUUCUCACCAUAUUGUCAAAGAUGGGGAUUAGUGGAUCUAUAGAACAAGGCUUGAAUGAUGCUGAAUCAGAUAGUGUCGGGAUCAUACAAAUACAUGGUCCAAACAAAGCAUUGAUAGAAGUUAGAGCAACAAGAACUGUUAUCACUGCUCCUGAUGAGAAUUUAGCUGCACUCAUUUUUGAAGCUAUUAGUACUCUUUUGGAUGGCAUUUAGAAGGGCAUUCACAUAAGCUGAAGUAGCUGAAGCUUGGAUUGCCUGUGGUCCACAAUGUUAUGCUAGUUCUAGUUGAAUUCUAAUUUCUAGGCCAAUCCAAACAAGGCUUCUAUACGAAAAAAAAAAGCUUCAGUGUGCUCUUAAUUCUUAUUCUUUAUAAUGGGCAGCUGAUCAUUUUUGUCCCCAGGUGAUGAACUGCAUUGAUAUAUUCAGUCACAGGCUUUGCAGUUUAUGAUUAACCACAUAGAUGUAGCAAUAACUAAAUCUGUUAUCUUGGCCCAAGUUGGAAUCUCAUGAAGCACUUGUAAAUUCUUUCUUUUGCUGGUUUCCUAUCUUCUGAUUUGUUUUGUAUGUAAGCUAAACUUCAGAUAUUGUUUUCUUUUUAUAUAAAGCAAAUUAUUUAGUAUUUA